GAAAAAAUGUCGGAUCGUCUUUCUCAAAAGUUGCUUACUGAAAUUUUGUCAAGAUUGCCUGUGAAAUCACUCCUCAAAUGCAGGUGCGUUUCCAAAUCUUGGUACUCUUUAAUCACCAACCCUUCUUUCAUAGCCCACCAUCUCGAGAAAACCGCUCCAAGAAACAGUGGCCUACUUAUCUUUAGGUACAGCACUACCGCAGAACUAGACACAGAGUCAGAUAAUGAGCGUUAUUUUCUAUACCCAGAUGAGGGUUUCCCUGAAAACCCUGUCGAGGAACUUGAUUGCCCAUUUAAAGGCGUUAAGCGUUUUGUUAAUAUAUUGGGUUCUUGUAAUGGGGUCUUUUGUCUAUCUGAUAAUGUUGGUGGCAUUAAUACUUACAGAGCUGCUUUGUGGAACCCUAGUGUUAGAAAGAUUGUUAAAAUUCAUUUUCCUAAAGUUAACUAUACCUCAGAAGGGCCCUUUAUUCACUCACUUGGGUUUGGUUUUGAUUCCACUACUGAUGAUUACAAGUUGGUGAGAGUAGUGUAUUUGAAAGAUAGUACUCUUAACUAUAAUGAGUUUCCGCCUUUGGUUGAGAUUUACAGUUUGAGAAGUAGGGGUUGGAGAAAGGUUGAUAAUAAUCUGAAAUAUGUCAUGCGCGAGGGCUCAACGUCUGCUUUUCUGAAUGGAGCUUGUCAUUGGGUUGCCACUAAGGAGGAUGGUAUAAGCGAAGUGAUUGUGUCCUUUGCUUUGGGAGAAGAGGUGUUUGGAGAAAUGGAGGUACCAGAUUGUUUGGUUAACAAAUAUAUCUUUAUGGAUAUUGCUGUGUUUGAUGGAUCACUUUUGCUGGUUCCUUUUAUGAAAUUUACUACGGAAAGGUGUUUUUCAGUUUGGAUGAUUAAAAAAUAUGGUGUUCCAGGAUCUUGGACCAAACUUUUCAAUAUUUCACAUUUGGAAUGGAUACGAAGGUUAGUUGCAUUUAGGCAAAAUGGUAAGGUUCUACUGGCAAAAGUGGAUGGAGAGCUAGUUUUCUAUGAUCCAAAGACAGAAGAAAUCUCGGCUACAGAGAUUUUGGGCAAUACACGCUCCUUUUAUUUGGACACUUUAGUAGAGAGUCUUGUUUUACUCGAUGAAGCAAAUGAAUUUGCAGAGGAGGAAGCUUCUGAGGAUGAUGGCACAAAUGGAGUUUCAAAGGAGCCUUCUUCUUCUCCUGAUGUCGUAGACAAGGACUUGCAGAAGAUCAGUGAAGGGAAGAAGAAUGCCAACAGUCCUAUGAUACUGAACGAAGCAAAUGAAAUCUUCGAGGAGGUUGCACCUAGUUCUAAUUCAACGAUUGAUAAAGCAAAUGAAGAAUCGAAGGAAGAAGCACAGGGAGAGUCAAUUUCUACAGAAUGA